GUAGUACCUGAAAGCAACACGGCAGCGGAUGUAGCAGCAGCAGCAGUCUACAGUACUCUGGCAACCAUGUAGCGCUGAGAGCAAAAACAUCUUCCUCUCCGACCAGCUCAAGUGCUAUGUUCUUAUAUCCGUGUCGUUAUAAAGUAACAGUCCUCGGAAAAUGUGUCUCUGAGAGUAAACGCACCCUCGGAGAGGAAUUACAGGGCGAGGGAGUCGACAGCGAUACCGAAGCCUGCUAUCCAGAGGCACUACCUCCCCUCGCCUGGAGGUUUGGAAGUGGACAUUUAGCUGCUUUUCUGUUUCAUUACCCUACCUUGGCGGGUUCUUUUCUUUUUCUGUUUUUUUCUAGUAGCUCUCAAUGGCUCCAUUUGUUUAACUAACCGUGCCGUGGACGCGAGAGAAGGGCGUGUAACGCAAAUUGUACCAGGGGAAAGCUCGUUUGCACCGGGUCCCGUCUCCGCGUUACCGCCCCGUUUUUUCCACUUGUAGUAAGGCUAGCAGCAACAGCAGGGAGAAAGCCUGCCGGGUGGAGUUGGGCUUGAGGAAUACAACCGAAAGCUGCUUUCACAAACAUGGGCAAUACAACCUCCUGCUGCGUGUCGUCGAGCCCCAAACACCGGAGAAGCAACCACUCUAGGCUGGAGCCCUACCGGCCCGAGCCUGAACUGAGUCGCGAAGACACGGGUUGCAACCUCCAGCACAUCAGCGACAGAGAAAAUCUAGAUGAUCUUCCCAUGGAGUACAAUCCCUCAGAUCAUCCCCGCGCCAGCACCAUUUUCCUCAGCAAGUCACAAACUGAUGUUGCUGUACCCAGCAAAAGAGUUCGAGAAAAACGGAAGAGCCUUUACAUCAACCACUUCACACACAUUUCGGAGAACAAGCAUUAUCCGGGCCCAGUGAGACGGAAAUACAGCUCCUGUUCCACCAUAUUCCUUGAUGACAGCACUGUCAGUCAACCCAACCUGAAAUACACCAUCAAAUGCGUAGCUCUUGCAAUAUAUUAUCAUAUAAAGAACAGAGACAUCGACGGAAGAAUGUUGUUAGAUAUUUUCGAUGAGAAGCUUCAUCCACUCUCAAAAUCUGAGGUUCCUGCUGAUUAUGACAAACACGACCCUGAGCAGAAGCAGAUCUACCGCUUCGUCAGGACGCUGUUCAGUGCCGCACAGCUCACUGCCGAGUGCGCCAUAGUCACUUUGGUGUAUUUGGAGAGACUCCUGACCUACGCAGAGAUCGACAUUUGCCCUGCCAAUUGGAAGCGGAUCGUGUUGGGAGCCAUCCUCCUGGCUUCCAAAGUCUGGGACGACCAGGCGGUUUGGAACGUCGACUACUGCCAAAUUCUCAAGGAUAUCACUGUGGAGGACAUGAAUGAGCUGGAGCGUCAGUUCCUGGAAUUGCUGCAGUUCAAUAUCAAUGUGCCGUCCAGCGUCUACGCCAAGUAUUACUUUGACCUGCGCUCUCUUGCUGAGGCCAAUAACCUCAGCUUCCCCCUGGAGCCUCUCAGCAGGGACAAGGCCCAAAAACUAGAGGCCAUCUCACGGCUGUGUGAUGACAAGUACAAGGACUUGAGGAAACUAGCCAAGAAGCGCUCGGUGAGCGCAGACAACCUAACAGUGGUGCGGUGGUGUCCGGCCAUCAUUUCCUAACACUGGCUGUCUGCAGAGGAUUGCAUCAUAGACCUGUACUGUAUUUCUGCCUAGUAUGCAGGCAGACCAGGUGGGCAGCAGUCGUGUGGAUCAGUGUCAGUCUGGAAUCUCCUCACACAUACACACACCCCUUCAACAAUCUGGCACUGUUACAAAUGUGAUUGCAUCCAGACUGGUUGUUGUACAUAAAAGAAGUCCUGUUUCCUGCCUGCACUGAACGAAAUAGAGCUAAGCUGAACCAAACUGAACGCUGUUGGAAUGAAGACCACCUAACUUCAGAAGAUAAGCAGCCAGGUGGAAAUACAGAAGUGGGGAGACUUGUGUGAAGUCCAGAAAUGAAAAUAGGAACACGCUUAAAAAGCAGGAUACAGGACGUAACAGCGGCAGCGGCGCUCCAUAAUUCCCUCCAAUGCUGAAGUGCUUGUACAGCUGCUGGAGGGGACGCCGUGUACAUUCCUUUGAUUUUAAUCUUCUGGUUCAGUCAGUACGUUAGCUGAAGCAUGAGAUGAUCGUUUGACAGCUGAUAGACACAUUUCAAACUUUACUUCAAUUUCUCAGUUAGUUUGUGUUUUGUUGGGUGUUUUUGUUCUUUUGCAUUCCCACGCUGCAGCUCCCUCUGUUCGCAGAGACAAGCGCAUACAAAAGAAAGACAUUUCACCGUUUGCUUAGCAGUACAGUUGAUACGUGGACUACAUAUCCUCAGCCCUCCUUGACAAACAGAAUCCACUGAGCAUUCUCUCAGAUGGGGACCAUUUGACUGAAGUUUUCAUCAGGAUAACUGACAUUCAACGAGACAAGUCCGUUUUUAGCUCAAGGGCACUUAUUCAGCUUUUAGGCAUCCAGUUGCAGAAUAGUAUCUCUGACAGUACGGCCACCCAGCAACCAUUCAGAUAAAGCAAUAUUCAUGCAUCGCUUUGUUGUUGUGAUUAAAUAUAACAAAGCACGCACACAUGGGAGGAGAUUUACUGGAAGACAGAAACGAGACAUACUGUAGAGCUUCUGUUGUACUUUAUUCACUGCCAUUGCCCUGACCUGUGGUGCCUGUAAUAAGCUAGUUAAACACUUCUCCCCUCUCUGCUGGAGAAAAAAAAAGAACAAAUAAGUCUGAAGUAUUUUUUUUCUCUACCAUUUUGUACGGUUCUUCCAACUUACAAAGUAACAGCACAAGUGAAAACAUUGACAUUAAAAUGCCAACUAAAAGCAUGAACCUUCAGGGUCGUCAAAGACUGAAACGAAUGAAAAAGCUUCGAGCGAUGAUUGAAACACUGCUUACAAAAUGAUAGAUUGUAUACAUUUUGCUAAAUUGUCUUUGUACAGUGUAAAUACAGCACCGCCGUGUGCAAAAAUCUGUAAACUGAGGUCAUAAUGUUAAAAAAAAUACAAAAAGAAUAAGGUUAGAAUAUUUAUAUGGGUCAGUUUAUACUGUAAAUGGGGAGGGGCAAAUAUGUCUAAAUAUGUGUUUCUAUGACAAAUCAAGUAAAGAAGAGAGUCAAGUGUUACGAUUUAAAUAGGAAACACCACUUAAGAUUUUUUUGUCUCUUGUCAACAAUUUCACAAUGCCGAAAAUGCCAUUAUUUUAAUGGUACAUAAUGUGUGUGGUAUGGAGAUAACACAUGACAAUUCAAUUUCAUUUCAUUAUUAUUAUGAUUAUUUUUGUCUUUGUAAGUCCUCUCUGUGAAACGUUACCCUACUCAUAUGUUUUUGAUAAAAUAAGGAUGCUUGUUUCCUCUGAAGCUGUAAAUUUGGCAAGAUGCAGUAAAAGGUUAUCAGGUGAGUCAAAAAUAUGACUCAGCAUGUAGUUAAAUAAUAAUGUCUGAACUGAGAAUUCAUAUUAGGCAGACUUAUUCUGUUAACACGCAUCACUAAUCCUCCUGUUGUCUUUGGCUCAAAUUUAAUUUGUAUCCAUUACCACAUGCAUUUAUUUGUUUUAAUUGGACUUAAAAAUUGAAAAACGUUAAACCCACAAAAAAGAUUUAUUCAGACUGUAUUUAAAAGAUGGACAUAGUGCCUUAAACCUGCAUUUUAUCUCAUAGCCAGCAGGGGGCAUUUCGUCUCAUUGCAAAAAGGUGUCCAGUUGCACAGAAGUGUAUGGGGAAAAGGAAACUUGGUUUUAAAACCCUGAGCUGGUGUCAGUCCAGAUGCUCAGCUCCAAGUUGUAACACUUUUCAUGUCUACACCAACUAAUUGGCAAUUCUAUGAGAAAAUUCCCUCUGGACGACAUUUCCACUUAUCACUCUUAGCCGGUGAGUUAAAAAGUUCAUUUUGGGUCCUGAUUGGGCACGCUGUCCAUCUAACGAAUAAAUGGAAGCACAUUUUUCUUUUAUGACUGAUCGACUGAUUGGUGGUGAGAAAACGUGUUAAGCAUUUUAUUUGUGCCAAAUAACUGGUGUUCAAAGGAAAAAUGUCUUUUUUAUACAAUAUUAUUUGCUCACAUCAACAGUCAUCUGAUAACCUUUUGCCGCAUUUUGCCAGCCUCACAGAAACAUUAGUAAAACUGUCAUAAACAGUAUUUUCAUAAAUGGCUCCCUUCCUGAUUCCUUCUUUUUUUUUCUUGACCUUUUUCCUUUAAAAACAGAAAAAAGGCCAGUCUACAGAUUUGGGUUCAGUUGCUGUUCUAGGUGUAUGAGGAUAGGAUAAAAAUGAAACUUAAAUGAACUUUAUGUGACCGGCUGUUUGCCUUAUGAUGAACCAGACUCUAAAUCUAAAUCAGUGAACAGACAGAAUGUUGAUGUAAUCUAAAAAUAUCUGAAGACGUUAAUUUCUUUUUAAUGAAAUAAAAAGGUCAGGGGGGAAAACACGUUCUGAUUUCAAAUGUGACAUCGGUUUGUUCUUGUGCAUUUCAUCGGUAGCCUCCAGGAGUGUGAUUUAUGUUACUUUGCUUUUCUAAGCUACCAGAAAAUCAGUCUGGCUUGCAGGCAUGCAGAGGGGCAGAAAUGUACCAAAGUUAUGGAGGAAAAAAUGAAGGAAGCUCUGAUGUGGUGUCUGAUCUUAGAGAAGUGCUUUUUUGUGUGUGCAUGUGGCGCUUUGAAUGAUUGGUAAAUAAAAAGUGCAAAAUGCAUCUUUGGGGGAAGUUACGAUACUGGAGUAGCUGUUGUGAGAUAUUGAAAGAUUGUAUAUCCUAUUUAUUGUAUGUGUGUGUACACACCGCCCAGUGUGGUUUUCUCUGCACGCAGAAAGAAGCCGCGUGGUCGACAGUGGUGAGUCCUGAUGUGGAGAACGUACCCCCUCCCUCUGAUAGCAAAGACCGGUGUGUGUGUGUGUGUGUGUGUGUGUGUCUGUCAUAGCCUUGUGCACUGAGCUCUACCUCUGCAUAGAGUUUUACUUUUUUCUCUAAUGUUUUUUCUUCCUCUCCAAUAUGAAAUUUUUCAAAUUUGACAAAUACAGCUUUGAUCACGAUGGCAGUAAACUGCUGCAGCUGUGACACUUUUUUUCUUCUUGUUGAUGGAUAUUUUCAACAACUUGUACUGUAUUCUGUUGUAAAUGUCAGUGUAUUAUUUCCUCUUCAUUGAGUCACUCAUUUGUUCCUGUUCUGAGUUGCCAAACUUUUCUCUGUAUGUUUUCAACUAUGAUUUAAAAAAACAAACCUGCUCCCAUUUUAGGAAAAAAACUUUGCAAGAAUUAAAAUUUUCAACCUUGCAGUUUA